ACAUCCCUACGUUAUCGGAGUAAUUGGCAGGCUGCAACACACGUAUGCACGGAUUCUCUUAAUUCGCGCGUCAGUCAUGGAGGAGACCGCUUCUUUCUUUGGGCUGCAAGCGGCCUGUGAGAAAGCCAUGGAGGAGGCAAUUGAGCAGAACAGCGUGGAGCCGCUAGUGAGCAAGUACAAGAGCUUCACUGCCAACUCCGAGCACGACAAACGCUCGCCCAUGGACCAGGCGUUUCGCAAUGUGCUGAUGAAUCGUCUAAGCGAUGACGUUGAGCGCAUUGGCACGUUGGUGAAACUCUCAGUGGAGGCAGUGCGUGCUGAAAUUGUGUCCAACACCAUUCCUGUGGUUCUCCUUGGAGACACGUUCGAUGUGGUUACUUUGGGCAAGUGUGAGCAGAUAUUCCAGUUUGUGGAGCAGUUGGUUGAAGUGUGGAAGGAGGAGGUAUUCUUUGGUUCGUGCAAGAACAAUAUUUUGCGCAUGUGUAACGAUUUGCUGCGACGCCUGUCUCGCACCCAGAACACCGUUUUCUGUGGCCGUAUUUUGCUAUUUCUGUCCAAGUUCUUUCCGUUCUCCGAACGCUCGGGCUUGAACAUUGUGUCUGAGUUCAAUUUGGAUAAUUUAACAGAGUAUGGCCUGGACAGCAAAGACCACGAUGAUAUAGACAACAAGGAGCUGGAGGACACAGCUGAGGAUCUGCCGAUUAAGAUUGACUAUGAUCUGUAUUGUAAGUUCUGGUCCCUACAGGAUUUCUUUCGGAAUCCCAACCAAUGCUACAACAAGGCACAGUGGAAGAUGUUCAAUAUGCAUGCAGAGACCAUAUUAGAGUCGUUCUCUAGUUUCAAGUUGGAAGAUGUACGUCACAGCAGCAACGAAAGUAGCGACGACGCAAACUUGCAGGCCAUGGAAGUUGAUGAUGCAGCCACCGAUGCUGCUGCAUCGCAAACCGUCCGCAAAGCGACACAUUUCUUUGCCAAAUUUCUCACAAAUCCCAAGCUAUUGGCUCUUCAACUUUCCGAUUCAAAUUUCCGGCGUUCCGUUUUGGUGCAAUUCUUAAUACUAUUCCAGUACCUGCAGGUGACAGUCAAGUUCAAAACUGACGCAUAUACCCUCGCGCCCGUUCAAUCUGACUUCAUCAAGGAGACGGAGCCACGUGUGUACAAGUUGCUCGAAGAGACGCCGCCAAAUGGGAAACGCUUCUCCCGCACCGUACAACACAUGCUUAUGCGCGAAGAGAUGUGGAACAACUGGAAAAAUGAGGGCUGCAAGGAGUUCAAAAAACCAGAAGAGCCAGAACCCAGCGAAGAUGAGGCCAAGGCUCCACCAGCAAAGCGACCAAAGCGUGCAUUAGGCGACUGCCUGCGUGAGGCCUCCCGAAGCGGCAAAUUCUUUCUGGGCAAUGAAAAUCUGACGCGUCUGUGGAACUAUUCUCCAGACAAUCUACAAGCGUGCAAGAGUGAACAGCGCAACUUUUUGCCACAGCUAGAAACCUAUCUGGAAACUCCUCACGAGAAAAUUGAUCCCGCCUUUGAGUGGCGCGCACUGCGUUUGCUGGCGCGCCAGACACCACACUUCUUCACAUUUGUCUCGCAGCCGUCGUGCAAGAUAUCCGAUUAUCUGGAGGUGGUGCGCAAGCGCCUUAUACGCGAGAAGGAGCUCCUUAAGCACGCCAGUGGCGGAGCUGCUGCAAUCAACUCGACGGAAAGCAGUAAUGGACUGACAACAAGCAGUGGCAGCGAAUUAAUUGAGCAGGAGUCUGUGGAACCUGAGCCAGAGCCGGACCAAGAUCUCGAGGUGGAGGACACAGAGCCAGUCGUCGAGGACGACAAUACACACGAGAAACCAUUGAUGGUGACGCGCGCGCACAUUGAGGAAAUUAUUCCUCUUAUUGGAGAGCCCUGGAUGAAGGUGGGCAAGAAGAUCGGCUUCACCAACGAUGAGCUGCUCUUUUUCCAAAUGAAUCAUCCCACGCCAGGAGUGGCCUGCAUGCAAAUGCUAACGAAUUGGAUAUCAGACGAUGAUGAUGCCACGCUUGAAAACUGGGCCUACAUGCUGGAAGGUCUCGAGAUGAACGAGGCUGCGGAGGGCGUCAAAGCCAUCAUACAACGCGAGAGGGCGACCUCGCAGCCGAACAACGAUGUCGAAAUUCUCUCGGACUAGCCACAGUGCACAAAAAAGAAACAUAAGUUAAUGCCGUUUCAUUCAUCAAUUCCUUUAUCACAUGUAAUAUAAUUGAGCUCACAAAACACGGGCUCGUACUUAAU